AUGGUGAUGGAAUCAUUCUUCGCAGACCGCGUCUAUGCUGUUUCCGGCGGUGCAAGUGGAAUAGGCUUUGCAACUUCGAAACUGUUGUUGAAAUACGGCGCCAAAGUCUCCGUGGGGGACAUACUUAUUCCUGGAAAUCUCCUUUCAGACCUCACCAAAGAGAUCCCCGUCACAGGAACCACAGGCCCCGAGGGAGAAGCACCCGAACACAAACGUAUUCUUCUCAGAAAGGUCGACGUGCGGUCUCGCGAAGCUGUCGAAUCGUGGAUAAAUGAGACUGUGGAACGCUUUGGAAAGCUGGAUGGGGCGGCAAAUCUUGCAGGUACAAUCCCCAAGGAUCAUAAUAUCGGUGGCAUUGAGGAUGUAGAAGACGAGCAGUGGCAUUUCGUCUUCGAUGUCAACGUGCAUGGUAUGAUGAACUGCAUGCGGGCGCAGCUCAAAUUCAUCGGGAAAGAUGGAAAAGAUGGGCGGAGGGCAGGGGGAGCUGUCGUCAACGCAGGAAGUGGACUGAGUCUUCAAGGAAGGGAAUACACAACUGCAUACACAGCGAGUAAACAUGCGGUACUGGGCAUGACGAGGUGUGUGGCAAAGGAGGUUGGGAAGAGGGGAGUCCGUGUGAACUGCGUUGCGCCGGGUUUCACAGACACACCGCUGAUGAAACAGUCCAUGGCGAUAUCCGAGGGUUCGGCGUCGGCAGAGGAUUUCUCAACCACGGCACUAGGCAGGCUGGCGCAGCCAGUCGAGAUCGCAGACACGAUCGUCUAUCUGUUGAGUGAUAAGGCGAGUUUCCGUGCCGUCUGGCGUGCCUCUCGUGCAUUUGCCUCCUCAAAUCCACCUUCUUUCGCCGCUAGGUACUAUUCCUCUGCUCCCCGGCCUGCAACCGAGGAAUCCAAGAAUGCAAUCUCCCCUCGCUGGCUCUCAGACACCAAAUCCCGUAUUGGACGAUGUAUCACCUUCGGUCUCUCUCCAAAGCUAGUCGACGAAGCUGGCCGAGUCCUGCAGAUCAUCGCCCGAGACUGGCGAGAGCUCAUUGCAGGCAGCGAGGGAUAUCUGACCUCGGAGAAAAGAGCAGGCCUACACAGGCAGAACAUCGUCUGGGGCGAGCAGGAUUCCAUGGGCCACGUGAACAACGUGAUGUACGUCCGAUAUGCCGAGAGUGGCCGGUGCAAUUGGAUCCGCAAUUACAGCGGACACAUUGACCCGGUGCACAAGAGACAAUGGGAAGAACUAUUGACAUCUAGAGGCAUUGGAUUAAUUCUGAAGAGUAUUACCGUCGAUUUCAAAUUUCCAAUGACAUGGCCAGAUCGGAUCUCUGUUUACCACAAGCUUCGGUCGCGUCCGGACGAGUCUACAGAGUCAUUGAUCCUGGAUGUGUUAAUCAUGUCCGAGGUACGCCAGAGGCCGGCGGCGAGAUGCCUGGAAGACGUCGUGGUGUACGACUACAGAGUCGGAAAGAAGAGCACGCUGGAACCGUUUAUGCUAGAGCAGUUGAAGAAGACGUUUGAUUUGCAAGAGGCCGCAAAGCGGGAGAACCAUGCUAAGAUCGAAUGGAUUGAGGAACGCGUGAGGAGCUUGGAAACAGGGUCCUGGGAUAGAGAUGAUGCCAAGGAAGAUCUGGGGACCGCGGGAAGACAAUAA